CUCUCGUUAGUCCGUGGUCGCCUCUUCUGCUACCGGCUCUCGUCUCCGAGCUUGCGACUGGCGGACAGAAGUCCUUGGUAGGAAGAGGCCGGACUUGGAGUCGUCGCCUGAGCCUUUCAUCUCAGAAGUUCAAGGUACUUUGUACAACUUCUGCCACCCAGGCCGUGUAUCCUACAAGGCAUUUGUAAGCCAUGGCUGCCAUCAGGAAGAAACUGGUGAUUGUUGGUGAUGGAGCUUGUGGCAAGACAUGCUUGCUCAUAGUCUUCAGCAAGGACCAGUUCCCAGAGGUGUAUGUGCCCACGGUGUUUGAGAACUAUGUGGCAGAUAUAGAGGUGGAUGGAAAGCAGGUAGAAUUGGCUUUGUGGGACACAGCUGGACAGGAAGAUUAUGACCGCCUAAGGCCCCUCUCCUAUCCAGACACUGAUGUUAUACUGAUGUGUUUCUCCAUCGACAGCCCUGAUAGUUUAGAAAACAUCCCAGAAAAAUGGACCCCAGAAGUCAAGCAUUUCUGUCCCAAUGUGCCCAUCAUCCUGGUUGGGAACAAGAAGGAUCUUCGGAACGAUGAGCACACAAGGCGGGAGCUAGCCAAGAUGAAGCAGGAGCCUGUAAAACCUGAAGAAGGCAGAGAUAUCCGCGAACACGGGACUGCGCGCUUGUGGGUACCAGUGGAGGGUUCAGGCAAAGACCCAAAACGAAUGGAGGUGAGCGGAGGUUUUUGAAAUGGCUAGCGAGAGCUUGCUC